AAUGGGCGUGGAAAGGCCAUAGGCUCUGGUGAGCGGCGGGGGGUGGGCAGGCUUGCACGGGGGCUGCUGUUUGCUGCCCACCCCCCAAGACACUCGUCCUGUCCUUCCAGCUGCAUGGAUGCCUCCAUCGCCAUCAAGCCAGUCUUUGAGAGGUUCCAGUCGGUCAUCAUCACCUCGGGGACGCUGUCCCCGCUGGAUAUAUACCCCAAGAUCCUGGAUUUCCAUCCUGUUACCAUGGCCACCUUCACCAUGACUCUGGCCAGGACCUGUCUCUGCCCCAUGAUUGUGGGGCGAGGAAACGACCAGGUGGCCAUUAGCUCCAAGUUCGAGACCCGCGAGGACAUUGGUAGGGCUGCUACAGGGCGUUAGCCUGGGGGGGAGGAUGUGGGCUUCACCCUAGAGUCACCUCUCCUCUUCCCAGCUGUGGUGAUAGGCUGCCCUGCCAGGGGCUCGCCCCGGCUCCCCUCUGCCUUGGCCCUGUGGGCAGAGUGGGGGUCCCCCAGUGACCGCUUGGGCUGUGGGGGCUGUUGCAGCAGCCGGCUCCCCUUGUUCUGCCAGGGGUUGCUGUGCCAGAAUUGGGGGGGGACCCUGCUCUACAGGGUGCAGGGGUGAUCUGUGCCAUACGCCCCCCCCCCACGGAGUGAGCUGGGCAGUGGGCACCAAUGGACCAACCCUCCCUCCCCCCCCGCUGUGUGGCGUGACUGAGCUGGUGGCCUUCCUGGCCAUGUGACUCAAUGCAGUUCCAGCCCCGUGGCCCUUCCCCCAUGGCCUUCUUCUACCACUGG